AUGUCUCAACCCGGCCCCGAAGCAUCGGCCGAAGAGCGCCGACAGGCCCGGAAGCCCAUCCCCAAGCCCGUUCCGGCCUACCUGCCCACCGCCGGAUCGCCGCUGACGGUCGACAAGACGGCCUACGAAACUAUUCAGGUCGCCGACCGUGUCCUCCUUGAAGAGUUCACCAUUCCUAUUCGCUCCGGCAGAGCCUGGGAAGUACCCCAAGGCUGCGUCGUGCGCAUCACCACGCCCGAAGGGCCCCAAGUUGGCGACCUCAACAUCUGGAACCGGCACAACCCGCGCGAGCGCUUCUGGGCCUCCCGUACGCGGCAGCUGCACGCCUCGCACGUCUCGACUUACGACCGUCUGUGGUCCUGCCUGCCGUACAUGCGGCCCCUCGCCACCAUUAUUCACGACACUCUGUCGUGGUAUGGCGACGACGAGCACGGCGGGCGCGCGCACGACCUGCUAGGCACGCGCUGCGACCCCUACGUGAACGCGGUGCUGUCGGGCGCGCAGUACGACUUCCACUGCCACUCCAAUCUCACGCGCGCCGUCGCCCCGUUCGGCCUCGUCGAGACCGACGUCCACGACGUGCUCAACAUCUUUCAGGUCACCGGGCUGGACGCUCAGGGACGGUACUUUAUGAGCCCCUCGCCCGCGCAAAAGGGGGAUGCGCUUGAGUUUUUGGCCGAGCAGGACCUUCUCAUGGCUUUGAGUACUUGCCCUGGAGGUGACUUGUCGGCUUGGGGUUUUGGCAGUGAUAGUGAACAGGAAAUGAUCAAGUGCUGUCGUCCACUCCAUGUACAGGUGUACAGACUCGAGGACGAAGCGCUCCUGCAAAGAGUUGGCUGGAAGCCUGCUACAGUAUCUCCUUACAAAGGAAUGCACGGAGUCUUUUCGCCCAUGGGAGAGCCCAGUCAACGCAAGUAG